AUGCCAGGUACAGUCACCAGCAGUGCUCCGUUCCGAACCAUCGUGGUGAAGCAACUACACUCUACCUUUGGUGCCGAAGUCGUUGGCGCAGACUUCACCAACAUGACCAACGAGCAAUUUGACGAGAUCAAACAAGCAAUGGCUAAAGUAAGCUCAGUCCAUUUCCCUGAUCUCGCAAAGGCUGAUCUAUCACAGUACAGCGUACUCGUCUUCCGCAAAGCAAAUCUAAGCGACGACGAGCACGUCGCGUUCUCUCGGAAGCUUGGAGAGUUGCACGAUCUCAAGCUGCAUGUGAAGAAUCACAGAUUCAAGCACCUCGAGCUUUUUGAUGUUGGAAACGUUGACGAUGACGGCAAGCCGUUCGCUGUAGACUCGCCUCGCACACUGUUCGGCAGAGGCAACGCCGUAUUCCACAACGACAGCUCAUUCAAUCGGCAGCGAGCGAGUUGGUCCAUCUUGCGGGCCGUGAAGCUGCCUCCUCCAGGCACUGGUGGUGAGACGGAAUACGCAGACAGUCUAGCUGCAUGGGAUAAUCUUGAUGAAGAACUCAAAGGAGAGUUGCUCAAGAGGGAACUGGUCGGUGUACAUUCGUUCUUGCAGCUUCGCAAGCUGGGUGCUCCGGAGUACUUCGCCGACGUCGAUCCCUAUAGCCAGCCCAUGGCUCGCCACAAGAUCGUGUCAACGCAUGAACCUUCUGGUCGCAAGACGCUAUAUGUUGGCAAUUACCUGCAUCAUAUCGAGAAACCGGAUGGUACACCGCUACCGGAGGAAGAGAACGCGGCUCUGAUGGAGAAACUGAUCGGUCAUGUAACACGACCUGAGAACGUGCUCAGGCUGGAGUGGUACGAUAAUGGGGACAUGAUCGCAUGGGAUAACGUGUCGACACUGCACCGUGCUACGGGAGGUAUUUACGAAGGUAAGUUCACCCGCGACAUGCGUAGAACGACUGUGAAAGACGACAGCCCGGAGGGUUGGGGUGUCAACUCUACUGAAAAGGUUCUUGCAACUGACACUGUCAAUCUCUCGAGCCUGAACUAUUUCACGAAGUAG